GCUGGAGGUUUUGCAAAGAGAAGCGUCCCAUAUCUCCCUUGUGCCGCGCAGAGGAUGGCUGGCUGGCUGGUGGUUCGUCUCCUCGGGUCCCCCGCAACAGGAGGUCUCUGCAGCUUCCCAGCUUAAGUCGACUCAGAAACAUACAUGCACCGUGUAAACAGUGGGUCCAAAUGGCUAUGAAAUGGGAGAGAGGCAGCCUGUGACAUCUUGAUGCAAAGUCCAAAAGUGUAUAGUAGACAAGAUAAGCACACUGACUGUUCACUGCAGUAGUGAGAUGGCUGGCUGGUUUGGCUGGAAUAGAGCUGCAGCUACAAAACACGUGGCCACCAGUUCAGUCCCGGGCAUCUCGACUUUAAAAAGAGAGAUCUCAGGAGAUGUCAUGUUCGUCCAACAAAGAACACCAAUGAAUUAUGCUACAAUAAAGUUAGUUAGUCUUAAAGGUGCUACUGGACUCUUUACUGUUUUGCACCAAUGAAGAGUUACCAUCCUCAAAGAAAGCCCUAGUCCUUUUUAAGCCUAUGGUUAAUAAACUUGUGUCCUGGGCCAGCUGGCACACCCCAAAGGUUCUCACGGCUUCUUGCUCCGUAUCAAGUUCAUGAAACAUGUUACAGAUGACUGUAAUAAACAGUGCGCUGAAUGAAGUAACAUCCUUGCAGGCUGCUGGUAUUCUAUUUGUGAAGGUCUCAGCAAAAAUCACAUCUGAAAAGAAACAGGACACGAAUGAAGAGAAGCAAGGAAUAUGCUUGCAUCAUUCAUGUGCCAUCUUUUCCAUGAGAGAAACAUAAAUAGGCAUACUUUGGAUGAAUUUGACGGCCUUUCUACGAACUCAAACUUUUCCUUCACUUAUUUGCAGAUGGCAUCCUAUGACUUUAUGGCUGUUUCUUUAAAACAAGAGCAGAAACUAAAGAAAAGAUCUUUGGUUUACUGUUUAGCACUAUGUCAUCAAGCAUUCUGCAACGUAUGGAGAACAUCAAAUAGGGCAUCCUGAAAAGAGUCAUUAAAAGAGUGGAGGUAUGGCUCAUUCGACCAAUGUAUAUAUAUAUAUAUAUAUAAUUGGAGCAGACGCCGUGGAAGAAAUAUAGAUUUUCAAAUACGUUCUUCAGUCUAGAGUUUCCUUCUUGACUCUGCAUUUAGACAGUCAGAUUCAGAUUUUCAUUUUGUUUUUUGUCAGCAGUGGGGAAACAAAGUUUCUUGCAACAUUAUCAAACAUUUGAUCUUGGCUCUUUCAAGGAAAGGACAGAGAGAAGCACAAACACUGGAUGAUCAUUAACCAGCAUCAAAAAUGGGCCUGACCUCUGGGAACUUCUCUGACUGCCUAAACUGUACUCAGACAGUGGAUCCAGUUAAUGUUUCUAAGGCCAUAUUACUGGGGGUCAUCUUAGGGGGACUAAUCCUUUUCGGAGUCCUGGGCAACAUUCUGGUUAUACUUUCAGUAGCCUGCCACAGACAUCUGCAGAGUGUAACUCAUUAUUGCAUUAUCAAUUUGGCUGUGGCGGAUCUCCUCUUGACUUCUACCGUACUUCCUUUCUCUGCUAUUUUUGAGAUACUGGGCUACUGGGUUUUUGGGAGAAUAUUCUGCAACAUCUGGGCAGCUGUUGAUGUUCUGUGCUGUACGGCUUCUAUCAUGAGUCUUUGUGUCAUUUCGAUAGACCGAUACAUUGGGGUGAGCUACCCACUAAGAUAUCCAACCAUAGUGACUGAAAAGAGGGGUCUCCUGGCCCUGUUGUGUGUCUGGGCACUCUCUCUUGUGAUAUCCAUAGGGCCCCUCUUUGGCUGGAAGCAACCAGCUCCAGAUGAUGAAAAAAUAUGCCUGAUCAACACGGAUCCCAGUUACGUGUUGUUUUCAGCUCUUGGCUCGUUCUACCUCCCCUUGAUCAUCAUAUUGGUGAUGUACUGCAGAGUUUACGUGGUGGCCAAAAGGGAAAGCAAAGGACUUUCUUGUGGCUUGAAAACUGAAAAGUCCCAUUCAGAAGAAGUGACUCUCCGCAUCCAUCGCAAAAACACCACAGAUGCCAGCGGAUCCACCCCCAGCACAAAGCACAGGUCCCAUUUCUCUGUAAGGCUCCUGAAGUUCUCCAGAGAGAAAAAAGCAGCCAAGAGCCUGGGAAUAGUUGUGGGAUGCUUCAUUCUGUGCUGGCUUCCUUUCUUUUUAAUCAUGCCCAUUGGUUCCUUCUUUCCUGCUAACAAGCCCUCAGACACAGUUUUUAAAAUUGCAUUUUGGCUUGGGUACCUGAACAGCUGCAUCAACCCCAUCAUCUACCCAUGUUCAAGUCAAGAGUUCAAAAAGGCAUUCCAAAAUGUUCUGAGAGCCCAGUGUCUCCAACGGAAGCACUCUGCCAACAAGUACUCAUUUAGCUUCAACCUCAACCAUCCAAGCAGCCAUGUGGCAGAAGCUCCAAAGGACAUUGUCCGCAUUCCUGUCGGGUCUGGAGAAACCUUUUACAAGAUUUCCAAAUCGGAUGGCAUCUGUGAGUGGAAGCUUUUUUCUGCCAUGCAAAGCAUGUCUACUAAAAGCACCACCUCUAAAGACAAGUCCAGCUGUGUUACAGCCAAAGUGAAGAGCAAAGGCUUCCUGCAGGUAUGCUGUUGUGCAGGCGCAUCAGGAAACACCCCCCAGGAGGACAGGAAAGUGCCCGCCAUUAAAAUACACACUAUCUCCAUUAGUGAUAAUGGGGAAGAUGUCUAAAAGGCAUCUGUCAUUCCAGCAGAGAUGGCAGAGGUUUACAGAGAAUGGUUGAGUUCUGGGCAACCUUAGGAGGAAGUAAGGCAUCAACUUCAAGGAAUAAGGAAGGGAGGCAUCAACCAGGGACACAUAUCGAUGCUAUGGCAGUAGCAUACCAUCCAUAAUCUUUGGUCUAAUUCUUUGAGGAUGGAAAUAAAUGGGAGAAUCAGGUCCAAGGGGCUUUCAAUCCCACUGGAAUCCAUGGGAAUUGGAAAUGGACCCAUUUGGGUCCAGACUCCUUGAAACGAUUCUUUUAUUUUGUGACUAUUUGACAAAAACUUCUAUGAUUCAUUUUAUUUCAUUUUGAAUUGUUUAGCAAUUCUGUUCUUAAAGUUCAGCUGUAGAAUACAGUGUUGUAAGAUAUGCUACAACAGAAAAAGAUUAAUAUAUGUUAUUGAUUUCGUCAGAGGUACUUUGGGGAUGGCUGUAAAUUUAUAUCACACAGUAAUUUUGUAUUUGAAAAGGGGCAAAUGUGACUAGCCAGCAAGGUAAGAAAUGAGGAAAGGUUUGUGCAAAAGGUGAAAGGGAGGAGGACCUUUUUAUCUGACUUGUUUUCUUUUAUUAAUGGCAUGAUCUGGGUGUUGUGAAGUUAUGAGCACCGUGACUACUAACAGACCCUAAGAGGGAGCAUAGAACUAAGGCACCAGCCCAAAUUCUAAGCUUGUAACCCUCUUUAGAAAGCUGCCUUUUUAACACUGAGCCAGGCUAUCAUUUCCUCUUGGUUAGUAUUGUCUACUGUGACUGGCAACAGCUCUCCAAGUUCUCAGGAACAGCGUUUUCCCAGUCUUGCUUCCUGAGAUCCUUUCAACUUGAGAUGCUGGAGAGUGAACCUGGGACCUGGCAUGUGCAAAGCAUGUAUUCUACUGCCUAUGGCCUCAACAAUUGAGAAUUUGCGUGCUCACUUCCCUCCCUUUAUAUGCACAUCAAGCUCACUAGGAACAGCUAGUAAGUAAUAUUUGACAAGACUGAAUGUGUAGGCCCAUUGCAUCCACAUGGAUGAGGCUAGUCACAUGGUUUUUUUUACACCCAAUCAGUAUCUUUCCUCUACCUGGGCAUGCAGAUGAGGCGAGAAUGAGCCAUGUGAUCAGUCCAGCCCAUAUAAUUACGGUAUUUCACACAACCACCCCCACUGGAUAUUGCUGCAGAAAAACAGCUUCCUCAUGACCUGAAGUGCAUACCAAUACAGCUCAUUCGGUGCUCUUUCUGUUUUAUAGGGACCAUACGCUUGCCCCAAAAGUCUUCAGAAAUCACUAUGUGUCAUUUUGAGGCCUAUUCUGUGCUACUCUUUUUAGCCUGUCUUGCUGUACAUUUAUCCUCAAAGUACAAUGUGUAUGCAAAAUAUGCAAUGGCAAGAAGAUGUACGUUUGAAGGAACAACAGUGGCAUGAAACGACCCUCUGAGUUUGUGGCACAUUUCACAGCCUCUUAUACUCCCGUGUAAUUUUGCUACUACAGACUAACACCACUAUCCCUCUGGAACUAUCUUGAUCUAUACAUGUUACUGCUGCAUCCCAAGAUCACACAUGAUGAUCCUUUAGUAACCUACCCCACAAAGAACCAUGAAAGCCUCAAACUUAUUUGGCCAAUUUGUAGUCUUUGUUUUGCCCCACAUCCAACAAAGGCACAUAAGAACAGGCACCUAAUGGAGCUACACAGAUUCAUGGAUAGUUUUUUGUAAGAUAUCAGUGUUUUAUGUUACAGGGCAAGUGUUUGCAGUCCCCCCAUAACUCAGAUUUGUGAGUAAUGUCGUAUUUAGACUGCAGUAAAGUAGGCGAUGUUUUUCAGGUUAUGUUGGCUCAUGAUGCGGAAUUAUGCUGAAUCAUUCAGGAGGACGGGAUUCAAAAUUCUAGGCUGUAAGUUUACAGCAGGAAGAAAAGGCAGUUUGAGCCUGUGGUAGGAAAAAAUACAACUAUGUGAACAUACCUUGAGUAAAAAGCAUAAAACGAGUAAGGAAGAAUGAUUUGGGGAUCUCAGAAAUCUUUCUUCCUUGAGAAGAGCUUAUUCUCAGAGGGUACAAAAUCAUCCUGAAUCAGUUCUUAUUUAUCUUGAGGAAGAAAAUUUGGUUUAGGGUUUAUAGUGUCAGAAAGUGGUUUUUCACAGAAUAGUCACCUGCAAAGAACCCUGGGAAUUGUAGUUUGGUGAAUCUCCAUUGGAUCCCUAUCCCAGCCCUUCUUACGUAACUAUAGUUUCUAGGAUAACCUGGGGAAAUGGAAUGACUAUUAAACUCAUUUAAGCUUGCUGCGUAGCUAUGUCCGGAAAGAAUUAUUUCAGUUGACUUUAGAUGAAUUAAAUUGCUUUACUUGGGAUUACCAAAAUAUAAAUCCAUCCUAUGCAAGAAGGAUGAAGUAACUCAUCUCUGACGUCAAUAAGAGUGCUUUCCAUUAAUAUAAAACAAAUUUUGUAAAAAUCACGUACAGUACUCCCUCAUUUAGCCAGAUUACCUGAAUUUGGAUUAUCAAGGCAUCAAAAUGAACAGAAGUGGAACUGUCAGAGGGUUAGAAUGUUCCAUCAAACACACCAUCAUGGCAAGCCGGAGAGCGGAAAGAUUUCAUUUUGAGCUCCACGCAAGCAGGAACUUCCCCAAUUGCUUUGAUAUUAGCUCUUCUUGCAUCAUAUGCAUGGCAGAUUCCCCAACACCAGGGAAAAUAGGGACGCUUCUGUUCAUACAGCAUUCUGAGCUUAAUUACUGCAACAUCAUAUGAAGACUUGCAGGGCUGAAUGGGCCACCACUGAUCAAAUGCCGUCGAUGGAAUUUCCAUGUUGCAUAUGUAGUUGCCCUAUACCAAGUCAGACGUUGGUCCAUCUAACUCAGUUUUAUCAGUCUGGCGAUGGAACUCCAUCAGGCAGAGAAAAGUCUUUCACAGCACCUGCAACAAGGAAUCUUUUCAACCUGAGGUGCCAAGGAAAGACCUUAUUUAUACAUGCAAGACACAUGUGCAACCACUGAGCCCCCUCCCCAUGCAACACUUCUUGGUGAAGUGGAUUCACAUAGUCAGCUGCAAGACAUCAAAUACAUAAAAGUCAAGUGAUGUACAGAUGUGUAUAAGGUUGAACCAUCCCUCUUUAUACUGUGUGCUUGUGUGUGUGCAUGUGUUGGUGUGUUGGACCAGGGCAAUUGUGUACGUAUGUUUUUUAAUUUCUAGAUCUGAGGUUGCUAAGUUUGCUUUCUGGAAAACUAUCAU